CCCAUCUCUUCCACUUCAACAUUGGUUUGAUUGCGCCCCUUUUCUUCUGCAUCUUCUGUUCUUGGUUCGAUAUACAUAGUUCAAAAUGGCGUCCGAGCAAGCCCCCCUUCCUUUUGGCUACACCUUCGCGGCCGGUGCCAUCGCUGGUGUCUCUGAAAUUUUGGUUAUGUAUCCUCUUGAUGUCCUGAAGACCAGAAUCCAACUUCAGACCGGCAAGCCCACCGCGGGCGCCGACCACUACAAUGGCAUGCUUGACUGCUUCAAGAAGAUCGUCAAGAACGAGGGCCCCUCCCGCCUUUACCGCGGCAUCACUGCCCCCAUCUUGAUGGAGGCUCCCAAGCGUGCCACCAAGUUCGCCGCCAACGACAAGUGGGGCAAGUUCUACCGCGACCUCUUUGGCCAGCAGCAGAUGACCCAAGGUCUUUCCGUCCUUACCGGUGCCUCCGCCGGUGCCACCGAGGCCUUCAUUGUCGUCCCCUUCGAGCUCGUCAAGAUCCGUCUCCAAGACAAGGCCUCGGCCGGCAAGUACAACGGCAUGGUAGAUGUUGUCGUCAAGACGGUGCGCAACGAGGGUCUCCUCGCCAUGUACAACGGUCUCGAGUCGACCCUCUGGCGCCACAUCCUCUGGAACGCCGGUUACUUUGGCUGCAUCUUCCAGGUCCGCCAGCUCAUCCCCAAGGCCGAGACCAAGAAGGGCCAGACUAUCAAUGAUAUCAUUGCCGGUACCGUUGGUGGUACUGUCGGUACCAUCUUCAACACUCCCAUGGACGUCGUCAAGAGCCGUAUCCAGAACACCAUCAAGGUGCCCGGCCAGGUGCCCAAGUACAACUGGGCCUGGCCUGCCGUCCUGACCGUCUUCAAGGAGGAAGGUUUCGGCGCUCUUUACAAGGGCUUCAUCCCCAAGGUCCUCAGACUCGGCCCGGGUGGUGGUAUCCUCCUCGUGGUUUACACCGGUGUUAUGGACAUGUUCCGCAAGAUGAGAGAUGAGCGCCUUGGCAAGCAGCUUUAAGCAAUCAUUCAGGGAAAAUGACAAAAAAUGAAGGCAGAGUGCUCAGCAGGCCUCUUGAAGCGAAUUGCAUAUCUUUUGGGGGGGGAAAUGACGAAACUAAAACAUUGCAUGGCUCACACUAACUUCAGUCAUAUAUGUAUAUAUCUCUAGCUUGCCAUCGCUUGGGUAUGUGGGUACGAUAUCGAGGGAUUCUACGACUUGCAAGAAAGCGUCAUAGAUUGG